CAUCCUCCUCUCCUCCUCUCCCUAUCCCUUCUCCUUCUCCUCAUUCCGAUUCAUGUGGCUUUGUAGAUAUACACUUGCAGAGAAAGUAAAGGAGGAUUAACGAGAGAGAAAAACGAUAAAUACUAAAAUAAAUUUAUGGUUAAAAACAAAAUGGAUUGCUUAUGUUGUUGGUCUCUCUCGAAACCUUUCUAUCUCCUUCUCUUCUUUUUCUCCUUUCCUCGUAUGAUUGCCAGCGCAGCUUUCAAUCUCUCCACCAUCUCCUUUGAUGAAGGUUACAGCCCCCUCUUUGGCGAUGGCAACCUAGUUCGUUCACCUAAUGGUAGAACCGCCCGCCUCCUCCUUGAUCGCUUCACAGGUGCGGGUUUUAUUUCAUCCAAGAUGUAUAAAUAUGGAUUCUUUAGUGCUAACAUCAAGUUACCAGGCGAUUACACAGCCGGUCUCUGCGUUGCCUUCUAUACAUCAAACGGGGACGUGUUCGAGAAGACCCAUGAUGAACUGGACUUUGAAUUCCUAGGAAACACUGAAGGGAAGCCAUGGAGGUUCCAAACAAACUUGUAUGGUAAUGGAAGCACACGUCGUGGCAGAGAAGAAAGAUAUAGAUUAUGGUUCGACCCUUCCAAACAGUUCCAUAGGUAUAGCAUUCUAUGGACGGAAAAGAACAUCAUAUUCUACAUCGAUGAUGUUCCCAUCCGAGAGGUGAUUCGCAGUGAAGAAAUGGGCGGCGAGUACCCAUCAAAACCAAUGUCCCUGUAUGCUACAAUAUGGGAUGCGUCAAAUUGGGCAACUUCGGGUGGCAAAUACAAGGUCAAUUAUAAGUAUGCACCAUUUGUGUCAGAAUUUAAGGACUUUGUCCUAGAGGGAUGCCCUUCUGACCCCAUCGAGGAAUUUCCUUCAGUGGAAUGCUACGAGAGUUAUUCUAGGCUUGAGAGUGCCGAUUAUGCCACCAUAACAAGGAGACAACGGUCAGCUAUGCGUAAAUUUCGCCAGCGUUACAUGUAUUAUUCUUACUGCUACGAUUCAUUAAGGUAUCCCGUGCCACCACCAGAAUGUGUUGUGAUUCCAUCGGAGAAGGACAGGUUCAGGGACACUGGUAGAUUGAGAUUCGGUGGCAGCCAUCAAGGCCGCAAACGCCGCUCAAGGCGGCGAGGUCGAAUUCAAGUUUCUAGAAUAGAAUAUGAUCCGGAUGUGUGAUACCAUUUCAUUGAUUUGUAAAUUAGUAUUAUCGUAUGGGGUUUGUCUUCCAUUUUGUAUUUGUUU